CAGGUAUGGACCCUCACUUUGAAAAAGCCAGUGAAUCAGAUUCCCAGAUAUUCAUGUUUCCUCGUUGUAUUUCACUUUUCUUCAAAACCCCCAACUCAUUAGAAACCUCCUCCUCCUCCUGUAUAAACUACACCAAUUGUUGAACCAAAACCAUCAAACUCCAACAAUGGGUGUUUCCAAUUCAAAAACAGAGCCCUCCUGCGAACCAUUGCGAUUAUGCAAACAACGAAGACGCUUCAUCAAACAAGCUAUCGAUUCCCGCUACAAUUUAGCAGCAUCCCAUCUUCUCUACAUCCAAUCACUUCAUAACCUCGGAAUCACCCUCGCUAAAUUAGCACAAGAAACAGGGGAAUCCUCUCUUCCACCAUCUCCAACCCACAAUUCAACCUUAAGUUACAUGAAAUCAUCUGGAAUUGGUUCUGUAACAGUUAAUCUUAAUCCAUCCACUGUUAAUAACAGCUGUAAGGUAUACGUAGACGACGUCGAUUCCUUAACAAUGUCACCAUCGCCACCGCCACCGCCCCCACCACCGCGGUUCUCGUGGGACUAUUUUGAUCCCAGUGAUGGGAGCUUUAGGUUAAUGGGUGUUGCGGUGAAACAGGGUCAAAUUGGGUAUGGGGAAGAUGGUUCAGAUGAUGGUGAAGCGAUCGGGGAUAAUUCGGUUUGUGAAAGUGGUCAGAUUGAACAAUGUGGGUUGAAAGAUGGUUGUGAAACAGAGGAAACAGGGGAUCCUGCUGAGGUUGUGUUUCAUAGGGGUAAAGGUUUUGUUUGGAGGAUGAAAGAGGUUGAGAAUUGGUUUGUUAGAGGUUCGAAAGCGGGGAAUGACGUUUCGAGGAUGCUUGAGGCGAAUCAGAUCCAGAUUAGCUAUUCCGAAGCGAAUGGUGGCUCAACUGGAUCAUCUUCGUCGCUUCUGACUUGUUUUCGAGGGGAAAACUCGCUUGUUUUACAUGAACCUCAACAAAGAACAAAAGUCAUUACAUGGAAGCGGUCAAUGUCUACUAAUUCCUCGUUGUUGCGUCUUCCGGGCCCACCAUCAAACGAAGAUAACGAUAACGAAAACAAUUUCAUAGAAGAGUUUUGCAUGAUAGCAGGAAGCCAUUCCUCAACUCUUGACAGAUUGUAUGCUUGGGAAAGGAAGCUCUAUGAUGAAGUGAAGGCCAGUGAAAGUAUUAGGAAGGAGUACGAAAAAAAGUGUGAUGAACUUAGACAUCAAUUCGCCAAGGAUCUCAAACCUCAUUUAAUCGAUAAAACCCGAGCUGUGGCUAAAGAUUUGCACUCGCGUAUGAAGGUGGCAUUGCAUACAGUUGAUUCCAUAUCAAAACGGAUUGAAAAAAUGCGCGAUGAAGAGUUACAACCUCAACUCAUGGAACUCAUUCAAGGAAUGAUGAGAAUGUGGAAGUCGAUGCUCGAAUGCCACCAUGCUCAAUACCUAACAGCAAACUAUGCAAAGAAUACAAGAACACGAACACGGACCAAGAACUCGGUGAUCAUUGGUGAGCUGGAACAUGAGGUGGAGCGCUUCGGGUCAAGUUUUUCAGACCUGGUCAAAUCCUACACAUCAUAUGUGGAAGCAAUCAACAACUGGCUCCAAAACUGCAUCACUCAACCAAAGGAACGGGUCAAGGGCCGUCGACCAUUUUCUCCUCGGCGGGCUGUGGCCCCGCCGAUUUUCAUAUUGUGCCGUGAUUGGUCAGCGGGGGUUCGAACUCUGCCUUGGCAGAAAGUUAGUGAUGUGAUAAAAGAGUUGUUAUGUCAUAUUCGUCGGCUUUCGAUGGAAGAAGAAAUGAAGAACAAGGAGUUGAGUUUGAUUGAGAAUGGAGAGGAGGAGAAGAAGAUUGCAGGGUGGGAUUUAAGCAUGAUUGAUGGGAGUUUGACCAAGGUUUUUGAUCGUUUGACCAGCUAUUGUGAAGAAUCAUGGAAGAUGUAUGAAGAUAUAAAAGAGAAGGGGGAAACUGCAGGAAGUUUGUAUUUGAAUUAUAGACCACCAACUAGAACUUCCAUCACAUGAAAAUUAAUUUAUAGUUUUAUUA